GAGUUAAAGGUUGUUUGGGACUAUUUAAACCCAAUUAAAUGUGAGGUAGUGAAUGACUAAUUUUUGUUAGACAGCUACAGAUCAGGUUCCUUAGGUAUCACACAAAUUUUCACUAGGGAUUGGAUAAAGGCAGUAUGGCUUAUUGGGGAAUCAGCAAACUUUCUAGAAAUCUCAACCACAAAGUACCACCCUCUGCACAAGAAUAUUUGGGACAAUGUUCUGCUUCAAUGCAUCCUCUGGAAACGUUUAUGUACCAGCAGUCACAGAAUUCUGGGCCCAGAGAACCUGAGUUUCUUUCUGAGCAGGAAUCUGCUAUGCAACCAGCCCAAUGCGCUGCUGCUAAGUCCCUAGGUUGCCUUUCACUUGUUUAACUGAGAGGAAGUAGCACUGCAUAAUGGUUUCCAGGAGAAGCACCAUCUGUGCCUCCUGCCAGUCUUCUCCAACUGGCAGGAGAGUAUCUAUGGAGAAUGCUCUUUCAAUGCCAAGUCCAUUCCUCUCCCCGUGAACAAAGCCUAAGCUCUGGUGAGUUCAACAAAUGGAGUUUGGGUUAGAGAAUGAGCUGUUGUUUCUGUGGUGCCAAAUUCAUUGAGACAGAUUUAGUCCUGAAACAGCAGCCAAGCUACAAUAAAAUCAACAGUACUGCAGUUUCUCACACUGGAACUGAAUCUGAACUGCUGUAGCUAAGCAUUUUUGGACAGGAGGGAUGAUGGAGAGAAUCCCAGUCCAAACUAUGUGAAUUGCUUUAAUUAAUAAGUUCUUUUUCCUCAUGGUCCAAGGGAUAAUCUAUGACCCAAUUUAAAGUUACAGACAAGUGGUGGAGAUGUGAAAUAGCUCGCUCCAUAACAUAAUUUGUAAAUUAAAGGCACCAACUGAUCCUUGUUUUCUACUCCAGAGCAAGAUCUGCCUCUCUUUCAGUCCUGAUAAUAACACCCAGAAGAUCCUGAAUAUGACAUGCAGAUUUAGUGCUGACACCUUGGUCUCUUGAGCUUGCAGACUAUUCCUUUCACUUGCUGUUUCCUGAAAAGUUAGCUGUUGGUUUUGCUAGACUCUUGUGAACCUUUUAUCCUUAUUAAAGUAUUACAGGAGGGCAGAAAAGAAUUUCUCAAUUCACUGGAAGAUCAAAAGCACCCCUUAUAUCUAUCUCCCAUCAUCUUUGUAUUGUGUGAGACAGUUUCAGCUGAAUAUUGCAUAUUCACGUAUGUUACAAUCCAUAUGCACACAGACAGUAUAUGCUGACACAUAAUUACAUGACACCGUAAAACCUCUGCCCCAUUAAUUACUAAGGGCUGAUGAAACGGAACCAGUACAUUCACUGAUAGUGUACUAGAUGGCCAGCAUCCAAAAUGUUAUCCAAGGGCUUGGAGCUGACCCAUGAGAUUUUUCUUACUGUCUCUACACAGCAGGCCUCUAAGCUGUCUCAACCAUUUUAGAAUCCCACUACCAACCAUGAUUCCUAGACAACAGAGCUUGCUAUUCAAUUCAACGCACUCAUGGCCGAAGACCCCCUAGGCUGGCCAUUGAAAAGAAGGGCAAACACAGCUGGCUUCCUCCCAAUGUGUUCAACUACAAUUCCUAUCACCCCCAGCCAGCAUGUCAAAGAAGGCGGCACUAAGACAACAGAGAAACAUGUGGAACAGAGGAGGAAAAUCAAGCAGGGAAAUUGCAGAGGGCCAGAGCAAACCUUUACACCAGAAUUUACCUGCUCAGACUGUAAAAACAAGGAGACAAUGGGGCUACAAGACAGUUUUUAAAAACCCUGCUUUGGAGGGAUGGAAAUUAGAGUCGAGACCUGAUGCUUAACUCUUCCCACCCAGUACUUCUCUACUUCAAAAUGGUUCUCCCAGCUGCUCCCAUUCCUCGAAUUUCAAAACACAUUUUUGUUUCUAGGAACCCCUUGUGAAGAAAAGGGAAAAAAAAACACACAAGAAGAGCAAAGGGACAGUAGAGGAGAUAUAUUUUGGCCAUCUUAAAAAUAACAAUCAGGGAAUGCAUUUGAAUGCCAUACCUUCACUGUAUGCUAGGGAUGGCCCAAUAGGAUGUACUGAAGCUGGAACUCUUCCACUAGUCAAACUGGUCAUGGGCGCCACCAUGCAAUCUUAAAUGACAGGUUUGGAAAAAAGGGUUGUAAGUUAUUCAUGCCAACACCCUUGACCAAGCAGGAUUUUCCUCUACACUAAUUCAAAAACUAUUUUAUCUCGGUUCAAUCAAAUACCUGGGUAAUAAAUAAUGGUGACUCAGUCAGGUGCAAGUGAAAGAUUAUCCUUUUGCUCAGCCUGCCUUCUCUGCUAACAAUGACUUAAAGAAUGUCAUGUAGUUUGAUACAGUGCAGUAUGAGCCCAAAACAUUACGCGAGUCUUAGUUGUUGGCUUUGGAAACAAUGCACGCCACUUGAAUCUUCCUUGGCUAUACCAGACUGGCAGCUUUUCCCCAGGUGAAUAUUGUUUCCUCUGAAUUCCCCAGAACAGGUGAAGUAGCCAUUAACCUGUCCUUAAUCUGUCGUGUACAAUAGUAAUUCUUAAGCUGACAUACAAACAACGAACAGUCCCUGCAAGACUUGGCAUUACAUUGUUAGCUUGCUCAGCCUUGACUUUGAGAACUCUGUCUUUAAUUAUCCAUGUACGAUUUACUGCAUAAGCUUAAACAGAAAUCUAACUCAUGCAAGGUGAGGUUCUUACAAAUUCAUUCAAUGUGGUCUACUAAAUUUAAAUGAGUCAAAUGUGUUUGCAGUGGAAAAGUGGGGAUUGCCAUUAAAGAUGAUACGAACAUAUAAUCAAGUAGCUACUUAAUACCAAGAGACCAUUUGUCCAUCUUGCUGAGAAAUAACUAGCACUGUUCUCCAAGGCAUUAGACAGAGUUCUUUCCAGCUUUAGGAUCUUUUGGGUAGAGAUGAAAGGAACUCAUAGAAUCACAGAAUCAUAGAAUCGUAGAGUUGGAAGAGGUCACAAGGGCCAUCCAGUCCAACCCCAUUCUUCCAUGCAGGAAAUCACAAUCAAAGCAUCCCCAUUGACAGAUGGCCAUCCAGCCUCUGCUUGAAGACCUCCAUGGGGACCUUUCACAAGGAGAACAUGUGCUUGGCGUCUACUACCAAGCUACGGAGCUGACCUGGCCUAGUACACUAGAUCCUGAAUAAAACUGUCCACUGACUAAUCCCGGAGUGGGCAUUGCUACCCUUUUAGGUGUUUCUGGAAUAUAACUUCUUAAUCCUGCACCAUUGGUUAUGCUGGCUAGAGGGAUGGAAAUAGCAGGCCAAAAACAGCUGGGGGGGGCAUAGCUACCCAUUCCUGGUUUAAUAUGAUCUAAAAGGAUGAGACAAACAAGAACACGGAUCAGAAGGGAGCCCUAAUAUUUAAAAUCCUCAAGUGCAGUUAAAACAUUGCUGUUUAAAGUUUUGAACUCUCUGGCGAACGCUUUAUUGUAAUAUAGCUUUCUCCAGCGUGGUGCUUUCUGUACUACAGUUCCCAUCAACCCCAGUCAGUUGUCUUUUGAGGGAAGUCGUAUUGCCUAGAAUGUGAAAGUGAAUUUCCCAGUAAGAGCUUCCAGUAAGACAUCUCAUCCCCUCAAUGGAAUCUGCCAGCUGAUGGCAAACUCCCUUCUCAAUGAGAAGGCAGUAAACCCGCCUGAUGGAACUGACAACAACAAAAAGUGUAACACAACACCGAACAAGCGUAUUCCAGGAACAUGUCCCUUUCUACCAAUGAAUCGGAAGCAGCUAAGACUCAGUGGAGUGUAAUGUCAGGAACCCCUCCCCUUUGGGAUCAGCCUCCCAGUUCUUGAAAACUGACUGUAGGCAGAGAAAGGGAGGAGUUAGCCCUGGAUUGCCAAGAGCAGCAGGAACUUUGUGAGUAAUUUACUAGUGGAAAAACAAGUGCAGCACACACAGAGACAGAAAAAGGCACUGGGGCUGUGUAGAUCCCCUGUGAUCACAGAAGAUGAUCACUAUGAAUUCAAACGCUCCGGCAUGCGUUUCUCACCUGAAAUGUUGUUUACUGGCCAUGCUUGGACUCUGAAGUACAAAGGAACAUGCUGCACAAACUGAAGGUACAGCUGGAAAUAGACCUCUCUCUCAGGAUAAACGAACUUGCAUCAGAUGAACAGCAGCUCGAUUCCCUGCAAGUCAGCUUCCUGAUGUAUAUAUAAAAAAAAGCUGGUAACCAGCAAAGCCCUCUGCGAAUACUGAGGUCACUAUGUGGAGCUGUGAAGCUUUCAAUGGUACCAAAACCACAGAGGACCAGCAUCUCUGCCAUGAGUUCCAUCUUGUACUUUCCGUCUUUUCCCUGCUCUACCUCAUCAUCUGUUUCCCGAUUGGCCUUUGCUAUAACGCCCUCCUGGUCUUAGUCAAUCUAUACAACAAAGCAACUAUGACCAUGCCAGAUGUUUACUUUGUCAAUAUAGCCAUUGCUGGCCUCAUCAUCAAUGCUAUUGCACCAAUGUACCUUCUGGGACCUGCCAGUACCAAAUGGGCCAUAUGGAGUUUCAAUAAUGAAGUCUACAUUACCUUGCUUAUCUUAUUCAAUGUAUCCUCUUUGGUUAUCAUGUACUCGACUACCCUGCUCAGCCUGGACUACUACAUCGAGCGUGCUCUGCCGCGAACUUACAUGUCCAGUGUGUACAACACAAAGCAUGUGUGUGGAUUUAUAUGGGGGGGAGCUAUGCUAACAAGCUUUUCAUCCCUCCUCUUCUAUGUCUGCAACCAUGUGUCCACCAAAAUCAUUGAGUGCUCGAAGAUGCAGAACAAAGAAGCUGCUGAUGCCAUCAUGGUUUUUAUCGGCUACAUCGUCCCAUCCAUUGCCGUGCUGUACGCACUUGUGUUGAUUCUCCGAAUACGCAAGGAGGCGACACAACUGGACCAAGACACUGGAAGGCUGGAUCCAUCCGUGCACCGGCUUUUGAUCGCAACCGUGUGCACGCAGUUCACUUUAUGGACACCCUAUUACAUAACUCUUCUAGUAAACACAUUAACUAGCAUGCAAGGGAAAGUCAUGGAUGAAAAUUACACUCGAGUAUUACAUUUUACCAAGGGGCUGUCAAAGUUCUUGGCUUUUUCUAGCAGCUUUGUGAUGCCUCUACUUUACCGAUACAUCAACAAAAACUUUCCGAAUAAACUGCGAAGGCUGCUUAAGAAACUGCACUGCGGAAACCAAGGGUGCUCCCAUGAACGCACAGUUGUUCAGCAAGUCAUAACGUAGCUGCGAACGAACGUCAUGUGGAAAGCUUAUUCUUCAGGACACUCUCAUGUGGAGAACACCUAGCAAGGAGGCUGAACAAGAGACAGUUUGAAUGCACACAGGUAGUAAAGAUGUGUGGGAAACUAUUGAGAAGCUGUCGGUGGGUGAGAAUCCUUUGAUUGCUGAGAUUUUCAAUGCACUGAUUCAGUCGCACAGUAUAAGCUUUGUUGUGUUAAUCCUGUCUGGAGAAAAUCACUAGAAGACCUACUCAAGGCUUUGACUGAACAUUUAGCACUUUGUAAUCCUGUAGAGUUAAAAAGAGGUAUUUUUAUACAAAAUAAUAUGAUUAUUAAUUUUACAAAGUAGUUUUAUUUCCAGGUGAGGAGAGCGCCUUUUUCGUUAAGAUAACCUCCAUUAAUGAUCAGACUGGUCAAACUGUGUAACAAUCUAAACAAUGAAGCACCAAGGAUAACAUUACUUUAAUAUUUAAUUAUAUGUUCUCCCUAAUUUUGCAAUAUUCUGAUUUAAGAGAAAACAUUAUUUGAAAUCUAAAAUUGUGUGUUUGCAGACUUAGCUUUGUUUUAAUGUACUUAUAUUUUUCUACAUUUAACAAUGAACCAAAAAGAACAAAAACCCAUAUAUCUGUUUUUCUCAUUUUGCAUUACAAAACAUUUCAGUCAGUCAGUCAGUCACUUUUAAAGGAAACAAAAAAUUGCUUUACCUAGUAAAAUGAAGGAUGAUGUUGAUAAAUGUUAUGGUGAAUAUGAACAAGCACAGAGUUCAAGUAUCUAUAUUGCUGUUAUGGUCCACAAACAUUCAUGAAGCCGUACUGCAUUCUUUGAAUUAUUGAAUAAACAUGCUUACAAUUUUCAAGGUAUUAUUACCUCUAUAAUGGGGAAAGGGGCAACUUUGAAAGUUUAAAAAAGAGAAAUUUACCUUCUAGGUAUUGACAGAUGGGAGAAAUGGAAGAAAACACGUUUCUUACAAACCUGCGCCACAGUUUCUGAAACGCAAGAAGAGGAAACUUCUGAUCAUUCUAGCUCUUGGGGUUUUGUGCCGCUAUGGACCAGGUUUUCUGCAUCCAUAUACAAUGCCAAUCCUUUCCAAUAUUGAGAUCAGAUAUAGUAAACCAGUAUAAACAGAAAGCCUAGGCUAUGUUCCAACAGUGAAUAAGAAGUGAGCAUUUGAUAUACUCUUUCUAGUCCCAUGGUUAUCUCCAGAAGACCUUUACCAGAGGUCAAGAGACCUUUUAGUGAACCCAGAAGGACUGCAGAUGGAGAGGAGAAAUCAGUCAAUGCUCUGGCAAUGGGAGCUUAAAAGACAUGUCUCAGAAAUGCUCAUGAUGCGGCCCACAGCAAACCACUUCCAUCUUUGGCAUACAGACACUUUGUGGACUGCUACACAAGCACACGGAGUGCAGUGUACAUGAAAAAUGCCAGAACUAAAAAUGAUUCAUCAUCAGGCAAAGAGAUAAUCCCUCUACUUUCUCUGAUUUCAUACAGGUACAUUCUUCUCCAGAGAACCAACAUGGUAUAGUGAUUUGAACGUUGGACUAAGUUAGUAAAAUGGUGAUGACAAAAUCAAGGUUUGCUUUUGAACCUGUGGAUAUGCAGACUCCGUGGAUAUGGGGGGCUGGCUGGGCAAACCUCCUCUAAACAAAUCUUGGCAAGAAAACCCGAUAGUGUCAGAAAUGACUUGAAGGCACACAGCAUUCUUCUCCACACCUCUGAUCCUUCUAUUAGUAAAUUGCAUUUUUAACAUCCUGUGGUUUCCCUUUUAGUUUCACUGUUUAUAGACUAUGUACAGUUUAAAUUAAGGAUAAAAAGAUGAAAGAAACAACCAUGAUCUUUCCCCUUUCGCACUCUCCAGGUCUCUCUUCAAAUCCUCUUCAUACAAAGCAGAACUAUCUUUUAAAAGUAGAUUUUAAGUCAUUUCCUCAUGUCUCCAGUUUCACUGACUGUUUUCUCAACAUCUCUGGACUACAGAUUACAUGUUUUGCAAAGGCAAAGCUACACUUAAUGUACCUUAUGUGCUGAAGAUGACAUUCUUUUUAUGGAAUAAUACACACUGCUUCCACAACAGAGCAGUGAAUGUGAGUAGAUUGCAAGGCAUCUGCAUGAUAGAGACAGCUGUCAAGAGAUUCUGAGGCUUGAACUAGGAUAUAUGGACAAAGAGUCACAUUGGGUGAGCAACCUCCAGUCCUAUGGAGGCUCAGAUAUCAGGGCUCCUCUCAAGCAGAAAGAACAUCAAUGCCUAUCAUGAGCAAGAUGAAUGAAAUCUCAGGGCUGAUGCCUGAAAGACACGUUGACUUUGCCAAAAACACAGCAUUUUUGCCUCUUAUCCUUCAAGCAUGUAGUUCCAAGACUGCAAGAGAUCCUAGGUUUGCAAACACCUGCAGUCCAUGUCUGAACAGGAUACUGAGCCCUGACUUUGCUCUGAUACAUAUAUUGCACUUCUUUUAAGAAGACAGUUGUGGCAAUAAUGGCACUUUGUGUUUUCAUUGAAUUGGGUGAGGGCACUGAAGUCCAUGGCUCUCUUCUGCUCUUGCCACCACACAACCCUUAACAGUAUUAGGAGGUAUUUCUAGCUGAGUGGUUAUCGGGAGGGAGAGGUCACGAAAAAUAGGACGCGAUUUCGCAAUUUCUAUUGUGUGUUUGUCAGCGCAACGCAUUAAAUCAUCAGACGGUGUUAAGAUGGUGUUGACCAACCUUUGUUUGCAAAUCCAACUCAUAAAAAUACCUUAACAGAACAAAGCUGUGAUUGCAUCACUGAAGCGAUGGCUAUCCUAGUUUGCAGUAUCUACAUAGUAUUCAGCCCUGCAUACUAUACAUUGCUCACAAUGGCCUUUUCUGUUUUUAGGCAUGAAAACUGCGUGCCACAAGAGCCUUUUAUUGUCUUAGUCUUUUUUACCAAGUUAAAGCUUCUUUUUUCAAUAAGAUUUUUUUUUUAUUCCAACAGGUUACUAGAUUUUAAAAAUGUCUCUGUUGUGUGUGAGUCUAAGCAUUGUAAAAGCAAACUACGGUGAAUUCCUGUUUGAAUUCCACAGUUUCUUAAAUUUGCAGGAAAAUGUUGUUAACUGUAUUUGCUACUCAAAUAAUUCCAUGCUUCAGACAACAUAUAUUUAGCGCUAAUUUCCCAGCUGUAAAGUACUAUGCAGUUUUGGUUUCCCUUGACGUUUUGUUGGUAAUUUGUGCAAUCUCAUUUAUGUCCAUUCUGACAUUAUCCCAUCAAGUUCAAUGAGGGUCCCUUGCAUCUUGCACUUUGGGCAUGUUUACAUGAAAGGAUGUUCAGCUGCGCCAACUCACAAGUGUGCACCAAACGCACAAGUGUGCUUCAAAGCUCUGGGCUUAAGUGAAAUGAAAAAUGAAGUAUUUUUGGAUUCAUGGGGAAAAAUCAGUCACUUUUGUUUUGGUAAUGGAUGCUAUAAGCUACUAAUAUUGGGAGCCUGUGUCUUGUAUUUUGAGCUAAAUGUGUACAACAUGUUUGCGUAUUUCCUUCAGAGUAAUUGUGAUAAUUUCACAAUUUGUGUUUUCCCACUGGCUCUUUUCCAUGGGGAAAACGGGGUGUUUGUGGUACUUGUGUGAUAAAGACUUUGGAUUUCCUUAGGUGAGAACUUGAUCUUUUAGUUACAUCCCAGAUGAUUUACCACAAACUACCUUUUUGCCAUCCUUAUCUCUUUAAGAUGGCAAACAUGAAUUCCAUUCGUCACAGACACUUUCAUAAGCGUUGCGUUGGUGUGACGUUCAGCUAAGCAUAGGGCAAACCUCCUCUGAACAAAUCUUGCCAAGAAAACCCCAUGAUAGGGUUGCCAUUAAAUCAGAAACACUUGAAGGCAAACAACAACAAGAUUUCUAAAGAGGCAACAAGUAGGCAGCCUUUACACCAGUAAAAAGCAGCCAGUGUUAAGAGAAAAUACCAAGCCUUAAAAGCAAAGCAUUUCUAAAAACUAGAACAGAAAUCUGUUGUGAUAUUUCAAAAGCUUAUGCGUUAUCAAAAUGUGGGGCUGUUCCAUUUCAAUGCCUGAAGCUUUCCAGUUACUUUGUAAAUAUGAGCCAAACUGUAUAGCAUUAUAAUGAGCAUUACUGUAUAUUCGCAAAGAGAAUCCGUCUACUGAUGUAAAAAGAACAAUUUAAAGAAUUUAUUAAAUUAUUUCCUAAGAUACCAAUGUAUUGCCAUUUAAAAGAAUAAACUUCUCGAGUUCUUUGAGGUGUACUGUAUACAGAUUUGUGACUACAAGAGUGCCAUUAUUAACAGUAUUAUCGUCUCAGAGUGAUGGUUAGUAUUUUUGGGAAAUGCUUGAUGAUUCCUAGGUCUCCUCUCAAUGGAGGAGACAGUUAUGUCAAAUCAAUAAACAAAUAAAGCUCCUUAAAUGCUGGA